AAGGGUGACAUGAGCUGACCUGGGAUGGUGGCGUCCCCACACAGCUGUAGUCAGUAGUUGAAACUCAGCUUAACUUUGAUAGGUAGCACUUAUUCCAGGAGACACACCAGACUGCAGUUAUGUCGAACUCUCAAGAGCAGAGCCUAGAUGAAAAUGUCGUGUUCCUGCCAGUGAUUGAGACCUCCCCAGAGUUCCUUUACUCUGAGGGGGAGCGCCAAGCUAUGGAGAGACUCCUGAGUUUUGGUCCUGAGGCCUUCUACAGCUCCAUCGGCACAAAGCGCUCCGGCUGCUUCCUGUCCCCUGAAGAGGUCAGCCAGAUAACAAGCUGGGCUCAGGACUAUCGCUGUAGUGAGCUACAGGUGCAAAAGGAGGAGAAUGGAGAGAACUGCAACUCAGUGAUGGGGAACUUGCCUUCCACCUACUUCCCUUAUUACUCAGACACACCACCCCCGGACUUGGAGUUGGGCUGGCCUGAAAAAAGCUCUUGGGUGCCAAUGGGAAACAUUACAGUCCACACCAGUCCUCCUGCUGAGGGAGAACCCCCUCUCAGGGAGAUCAUCAGACGGCACUUGCAAAAGGCCAACCAAGUAAUUGCCAUCGUAACAGACAGAUUGACAGAUGGUGCAAUAAUUAAUGAUUUGCACAUUGCUGCCUCCCGGGGUGUCCCAGUUUAUAUCAUCCUGAAUGAAAGGUCCAUCCAGGAGAACUUCACACUCAACAGGCUCAGGCAUCCGAACAUGCGGGUCCGUGUUCUCGGAGGCAAAACUUUCUGUUCGAGGGAGGGAAAAAUAGUGGUCGGGCAACUGAAAGACAAGUUCCUUCUGGUGGAUUUACAGACAGUGAUUCAUGGCAGCUACAGCCUCACAUGGACAGAUGCGCACCUGCACCGGCAACUCAUCACUGUUCUAAGCGGUCCAGUUGUAGACUCUUUUGAUAAGGAGUUCAGGAUCCUUUUUGCUGCUUCACUCCCCAUCCCAGACACAUGGAGGGUUGCCAGUACACAUCCAGACAUGGCUCAUCAGCUAAAAGACAUCUCAGAUCUCAGGUCCCAAAAACCUCUCCCCUUAGAGCAUGAGAUUACCAACCCUCCAUCCCCACCUGCUGAUUCCCUGCUGGACUGGGAAGCCAUGGGUGUUAUGCAGAGAGAGUCCUGUCCAGACAGUCCUCUUGAUCAACAUGAGAAAAUCAUAAGAGAGGAAAUGCCACUGCGGAACAACAUGCUGUUUGAUAAAAAGACACCUGUUGUGGAUGGUUUGACUCACAAUGGAGGCCAGUUUGUGGAUAAAAGAAGGGUAUUUGAAAACACCUCUCCAGUGACGAAAAAUGUGCCAGAUAAAUCAAGAACUUUCAACAACGCACAGCAGUCAGACCCAGCAACUACAGAUAUAAUGAAAAGGAUGGAACGCAAAAUAGAGCGAGCCAUUUCCAGGCAGCUCUCCAAAGAGAAGGACACAAAUGCUGAUGAAAGAACAACAAGAAGGCUUGAUGAUAAAGAAAGUGAGCCAACACUAAAUGCGGCAAUGCUUUCCUCUACUAAGAGAAAAGAACACUCAAGGAGGGAGUCUAUGUUGGUGGAGGAGAGAAGCAUGGAUGAAACUAGCUCCAAGGUGGAGAACACACCAUGUUCUAGAAAACCUUUAAUCUUGAUGGUGCCGCAGUCUGAGAGAGAUGGAGCUGUGGGUGACAUUUUGAAGAGGCUUUGUCAUCAGCAGAGCACUUCAGGUCUGCCCAGGAAAGGAUCGCAGGGCACCAAGUCAGAAGUGAGCCGGUCCAUGAUGGACCUGAGCAUACACAACACAGAUACAGAUCAAGACGACAGAGCAGUCCCAGUGCCCAGGUUGAAGGCCAGUUGCUUUAACCCAGGUUACAUGACACCUGCUCUUGCCCUGAUGAAGAAGAGGAAUGAUGACGUGAAAUCUACGUUGUACAAAACUCCAAUGUCCUCUCUACCCAAACAGAGGCCUCGCAGCACCACUUAUACACUCAGUACAGAUUGGAGGAGGUCACUGGCAGAAAGAGAAGGAAAACAGGAAUGAGGAACAAGGAAGACAUACACGAACGAUAUGUUCUGUAACAGCGUCUUGUGUUGAUGAGGAAAGGCAGCUGCCAGCAGUGGAUAUUUAUGACCUCUGCAGUGUUAAUUACCCAAACUAAUAAAAACUCUGAAAAGAACACUGUUGUUAAUGUGCAGG